CAAACUUGGGAAGAAUUGUUGCUGGGAGCACUUUUGCAGCCCUCAGCCUGUGCUGUGUCAUGCUCCGGUGUCCCUCGGCUGUGUGGGUCCAGCCCGAGACAUUGCUGCAUGGAAGCACCAAGAUGGCUGUUCUCUCCAAAGAGUAUGGCUACGUAAUCCUGACAGGGGCUGCCAGCUUCGUCUUGGUGAUGCAUCUUGCUGUGAACGUGGGAAAGGCACGCAAGAAGUACAAUGUGGAGUAUCCAACCAUGUACAGCACAGAUCCUGAGAAUGGGAAAAUAUUCAACUGCAUCCAGCGUGCACACCAGAACACACUGGAAGUUUACCCUUCCUUCCUGUUCUUCUUAGCCACUGGUGGAAUCUACCACCCGCGGAUUUCCACAGGGCUGGGCGUUGCCUGGAUCCUUGGCAGACUCCUGUAUGCCCACGGAUACUACACAGGAGCCAAAAAUCGAAGGAGAGGGGCCCUUGGUUCAGCUGCACUCAUUGGGCUGGUGGGCACAGGUGUGUAUUCAGCUUUCCAGCAACUUGGUUGGAUCUGCCCGGACUAA